AUGCAGGAAGAAGGCUUCAGAGAACUGCCGGGGCUGACAGCGGCGCCGCUGCCGCCAUCGCCCGGCGUGGGGAAUGGGGGCGGCGCGCGAGGGGCAGUAGAUGGCGCGCGGAAGUCGCCCACGCGGCUGAUGCAGGUCAUCGCAACGCUGCUGGCAGCGCUGACGUUCAAUUACUCGAAUCAGCGCAUCAACAACUCGAAGCACUCGCUGCUGCAAUUUCUGGCGGAGAUCGUGCGGCGCAGCAAGAGCUCGCGCGGCGUGACGGUUCUGGCGACGUACUAUUUCCACCGCUUGUACCAGUACCGGCUGAAGAGCCUGCCGCUUGCGCAGGUGCCGGAGUUUGCACGGUCAUCGAAGCGCAUGUUCCUGUGCAGUCUGAUCCUGGCGCACAAGUUCACACAGGACUCGACGUUCUCCAUGAAGGCGUGGUCCACCAUCACGGGCCUGCCUCCGAAGGACAUUUCGACGAUGGAGCGGUGGGCACUAAACCAGCUGCAGUACCGCCUGUACGUGUCGGCGGAAGACCUGGACCGCUGGACCGAGGACGUGCUGUUCAUGAACUGCCGGUCCGAGCCAGUUCAUUUGCAUUCGGGCGAGUGUUGCAAAAGUGCCCGCGAUCCUGGGGAUGUGCAUUCGGGCGAGUGCUCCAAGCGCGCCCGCGACUCAGAUGAGGCAGAUCCGAGGCAAGACUCACCUUGGGACUGUGUCAAAAGGUUACAUAGAUGUGUUACUUGA